UUCUUAAGGACAAUAUAAUUGGAAUCAUUUCUGCAGCAUUAUAUUACAUUUGGCGUUGAAGUACUUUCUAGUGUGAAAGUUUGAAUUGAUCUCCCCCAUUCAAACUGUUUUUUCAAAAAUAUUUUUGCACAGUAUAUUGCAGAACAGGAAAAACAAUGACACAUUUUGGUGGUCAGGAUAUCCUGCCUGUGCUGACUGUUGACCUUACUGCCUUGUUUCUUGCUCUGUAUGCUAAAUGUAUAUAAAGAAGGAAACUGCUUUUGAACGUUUAAACUCUUUCUCACCUGUGGACAUCCAGCAACCCUGUGGCAUUAAAUACACCAGCACCUUUAAUGGGCCUGUACACCGGGAUUACUGUGCUGUACACUGAAAUGUUAAGAUCGCAGUUUUGACUCGACUUCAUUUAAAUUCAGUGAACGCAGUAAACUACUUGAUUCAUUGAAGAAGAGUCGUCACAACACAUUUGUGGCAUUCUUCAAUUCAUGAACUGAAUUUCAGUUAAUUUACCUGAAUUGUCUGACAUCAUCAUAUAUGGAUGAGAAUAUGAAUGUGGAGUAUGGAAGGUGAGUGGCGGCUGCUCAGUGUGUGUGUGUGUGUGUGUGUGUGCAUGUGCGUGUGUGUGCGUGUGUGUAGGGAGAGGCUCGGCUCUUGGUGGGAGAAUGAGCAGCUGUUAGACCAGCAGUCAAAGUGAAGGGCAGGGUGCAGACGCACUACGUUACCCACGCUGCCGCGGUCCGUAGUUCUUCGCUGUGGAGUUCUGCUGUGUUCAGCCAGCCCAGGGCCUGUUGAGCCCAGAGGAUCUCAGAGAGCUUCUGAGGAGGUUAUUACUGUCUGCGUGUUCAGCCCUCUGCCCCCCGCCCCCCUCUCUCUCUCCCUAUCUCUCUCUAUCUCUUUCCCUCACUCUCUCUCUUCCUCUCUCCCUCCCUCACUCUCUCUCUCUCCCUCUCCGUAUGGAGUCAGAGUUUAGCAUGCCUUUCCCUCCCUUGCGGUCCUGCGUAGUCCUCCAGCGUUCUCGGUCCCUCUCCUCCUUUCCCUGUCUCACCUCCCAUGACCUGGGGAUCCCAGAAUGCACUGCUCCUUCCUCCUCACAGGGUUACAGUAAUGAACCCGGUGGGCUGAGAAUGGUGGAGACCCUAAAGACCACCCCACCUGGUGAACCGGGACUGAACCAUUGCACAGGAAUCCAGGAGGCAGGCUAUCUCAGUACUGGAGCAGGGAGUGGCUGGACCCCCUGUCUAGUGCUGGAGCCAUCCAGGUGUGCCAUGAGUAACCAGCCCGCUGAAGAGGCGGUGAGGACCAGCGAGUGUGUAGGCCAGCCGGGGGACAGUGAAGUGGACAGUGAGCAAGAGUUGAGCCAGGAGGACCUGCUUGUGGCCUCCUGGGAUGAACUCUCUAUCCUGGACAGGCUGGGAUUCAACAGUGUGGAGAUGACGGAGGAUGAGGUGGAGGGGGCCUUCUUGCAGCUGGCCCUGGCAUUCCGCUGUGACCAGUACACCCUAAAGAAGAGGCUUCAGGCAGAGGAACACGCCCGGAACCUGGCGGAGGAGAACGUUCACCUGGAGCUGCAGCGGGGGAGGGAGGUGCUGCAGUCUCUGAAGGCCCUGUGCUUGGACAGUAAGCGCAGUAAGAUGCUGCAGAGGCUGGAGCUGUGUCUGAGUAUCCUGGGCGGGACAGUGGAACGCAUCGCCAACACUGCUGAGCUGCUAGGCGCCGUGCACCAGGAGGCUCGGAUGAGCCGGGCGGUGGACCUGAUGGUGGCUCACGUGGAGAACCUGAAACGGCGCCAUGUUUGCGACAGGGCGGAGCUGGAGGAGACCAGGAAGCAGCUCCAGAGGUGCAGUCGCAGCCGGCAGCUCAGCGACCCCAGAGAUGAAAGUGAAAUGAGACAGAAGCGCUCUAAAACAUCCCAGCAGGCAUCCCGUCGCCGAAUUAGCAUCGCUGUGAUUUCCAAACAGCCCAAGGCCCAGGGAACAGAGCUGAGCUUGCUGGACAUUAUCAAGCCCAGCACAGCAGCCCCCAGCCAGCCACCCCUGGAAAGAGAGUCCCUGAGUGGGAGACCACACAUGUCCACAAAAGAGGACUUGUCAGUCAACAGUCCCCUCCAGACACCAGCUGAGGUGUCCCACAUUUCCCAAACAAUACAUCCCACACCCAGCCCAGAGGAGAGAGGAGAGCCCUUAUACCUCCAUAGGUAUUCAAGAUCCCUGCGCCAGAGGCGGGGACAGAACAGAGGGGUGGGCCAAUCAAACCCAGAGGAGAAGAAAGAGGCGGAGCCACAGAGAGAACACGAGCUCAACCGCUGCGAUGAAUGUGCUGAUGACUCGUGCACCCUCCGGUCAACACAGCGCCCCCUGCCACCAUGGCUGUCUCAGGGCCACCUGAUUCUCUUCUGGCUUUAUGGAAUGACGAUUUCUUUCAUGAUCCUUCUGGGGAUUUUUUUCUGGUGUAUGCAAGGCCCUCUCCUUUGAAUCUGAGCUCCCACAGGACAUACAACUGCUCUAGGUUGGACACUAUGGAUUGAAUACAUAUUGACAUCCAUUUCCUCUAUGAAAGUACAUAAUCUCAGUUACCUAAUGAAGUAUGGUUGAGUUCAAAUCAACACUGAAUAAUAAUAUAUUCUUUGUUCACCUUAGCUGUAUGUGUUGAAACUGGACUGUUCUCUCAAUUUUUCUUUAUAACAUAAAUACAAAUAACAUUACAUGUAGUAAUAUUGUUAAUUAUAAACUAAAAUCUUUAAAUAUAUUUAAGAUAUUAAUGUCAAAUCAAAUAUUUCACUUUGUAAGUCUUUGUAUUAGUAUGACACAUUAUGUUAAAAAAUAAACGAAAUCUUAGUAAAAACAUUUUCUAUACGCAGAAAUGUCACGUGACUCACUCGGUUUAUUUUCCCAUUUCCCAAAAACACCGUGUCUGAAAAUGACCUGAAAAUCAAUGACUCUCAAACGCUCUGUCACUUUAAAGUGUUACAUAUCAAACAGAAUUUGC